UAGAGCUGACGUGCUCGGGGCUCGCGCCGCUGACCAGCCGUACGACGUGAUCUAAGUUUUCUACAUUUGCACAUUGCGCAUACGCGGCGUUAAUAGACCAACUGUUGACUGUAUGUUGUGUAAAACUAGCCCAAAGGCAAAAGUGUUAGGCAACAAGAGACAAGAGGCAAUGUGUUGUUGUGUGCGUGUGCGUGGGUGCCACCACGAACAGCCUCACCAACACCAAGAAUCAAUAGAGAACAUAGCAGACAGCAAAUACAGCGUAGGCACUUUAAUUGUUUAACGGUUUGCUAUUUUAUUGAUUGCGGUUGCUGCGCAUUCACACACACACACGCAGAGAGACACAGCAGACACACACACGCGCAGACAGUGCAACACAGACACACAAGCGUGCCGCACGUUGCUGCUACACGUGAGCGGCUCGAGCCCCCAAGCAGAGCGUGAGCGCGAAUGAGAAGCAAACAUUUAGAACAGCAAAGCUUUGGCGCACACAGGCAAACGAACACACACACACACACACAGCCAGCGGCCGGCACAACGGCAACUUGUGGCCGCAGCUUUUACGUCUCAUGCGAGUGCAAUGUGAAUGCGAACGGGCUCGUGGCCGUGUGUGUGUGUGUGUGUGUGGAAGCUUCGGUUCGCUGCAUUUGGAGACGUCGACUGGAGCCCAAUGCAAAUACUUUGAGCAUUCAACUUUGUUCGCUUUAGGCAAACGGUUCGUGUUCUCGCGUCUUGCUACAAUUUCUAGAAUAAAUACAAACACUUGAGACUUAUCAAAAAAACAAAAUAUAUAUUAAAUAUAUUAAACAUAAUUUCAUAUAUUAUUGUUUAAUAUAUUCAACCAAUUGAGCUUGUGCUCAACAAAAAACUGAAAAGCCACUUUCAAAACAAAUCACAUUUGAACCACUGUGAAAUAAAUUGCAACUGCAAAAAAACACAAAAGGAAAUCGGCACAUGUUAUAAAAGAAUUGCUGAUUGAAAUCGAUUGUUAGAAUAUAUCAAUAUAUGUCAGAAUUGAGCAAUGUGCCAAACUUGGCAGUUUAAGAACAACCAGGUAAAUUAUAGCAUCCACAUACCAGACUAUAUAUAAAGAGGAUCUGUGAUGGACUGGUUACUCGCAACACCUCAGCUUCAGAGCGUCUUCUCCUCGUUGGGCUCCCUUGUGGGCGGCACCUACGUGGUCAGUCCCAAUGCAUUGGCAAUUUUGGAGGAGAUUAACCAUAAGCUUACCUAUGAGGAUCAAACGCUGCGCACUUUCCGUCGCGCCAUCGGCUUUGGCCAGAAUGUGCGAGUCGAUCUAAUACCAUUACUCGAGAAUGCCAAGGAUGAUGCGGUGCUCGAGUCAGUCAUACGCAUAUUGGUUAAUCUUACCGUGCCGGUGGAGUGCCUGUUCUCGGUGGAUCUCAUGUACCGCACCGAGGUAGGGCGUCACACAAUUUUCGAGCUGAACAAGCUGCUCUACAACAGCAAGGAGGCCUUCACCGAUCCGAAGAGCACCAAGAGCGUUGUCGAGUAUAUGAAACACAUUCUGGAAUCGGAUCCCAAGCUAUCGCCGCACAAAUGCGAUCAGAUCAACAAUUGUCUCCUGUUGCUGCGCAACAUUUUGCACAUACCGGAGUCGCAUGCACACUUCGUGAUGCCCAGGCUGCAGUCGGGCGGCGGCCAUCAGGUUUCCAUGCAGAACACCAUAUUAUGGAACCUAUUCAUACAGAGCAUUGAUAAGUUGCUCCUAUAUCUGAUGACCUGUCCGCAGCGUUCGCUCUGGGGCGUGACCAUGGUGCAGCUGAUUGCGCUGAUCUACAAGGAUCAGCAUGUGAGCACCCUGCAGAAGCUGCUGAACUUGUGGUUUGAGGCCUCACUGUCGGAGAGCUCGGAUGACAAUGAGAGUAACACGACGCCACCCAAACAGGCCAGCGGCGACUCCAGUCCCAUGCUCACCUCAGAUCCCACAUCGGACUCUUCGGACAAUGGCAGCGGCGGCAAGAAGGAAAGCUGCGAGGGGCGACGUCAGGCUCUGCGUGAGGGCACCGAUGCCACGCUACACGAGGUCAGUCGCAAAGGGCAUGAAUACCAGAAUGCCAUGGCCAGCUCGAAGGCGGCCAACUAUAUACUGGAGGGACCCUGCUCGGCCCAACAGCCGUGGUCCGACUAUGAGAUGCAGGAGUACAAAAAGAUGACUGCCGUCAUCAGCGAACCAUUAAAUCUUUCACAACCAGCUGACAAUGUCAACUACACUACCAAUGCGAAUUAUGCUCGCACCACAACCACAGAUACCUUGACCAAAACGACUAGCCUAAAACAUGAGGCCUUUAAGCCACCCGCACCACGUCGAAACACCCUCUCGGCCAUGUUGUCGGACAAUUACGCACCACUCUCGUUUAUUUCGGCCGUCAAGCUGGGCCAGAAGUCACCGCACGCGGGUCAACUGCAGCUAAUCAAGGGCAAGUGCUGUCCGCAGAAGCGCGAGUGCCCAUCCUCACAGUCGGAGCAAUCCGACUGUGGCUAUGGCACCCAGAUGGAGAAUCCAGAGUCCAUAUCCACAUCCAGCAAUGAUGAUGAUGGUCCCCAGGGCAAGCCGCAGCAUCAGAAGCCGCCGUGCAAUAUUAAGCAUCGCAGCAAACAACGCACCUUCGCAGUACCGCAGGAUACAAAGGAUCUGCGACGCAAGAAGCUGGUCAAGCGUAGCAAGAGCAGCCUCAUCAACAUGAAGGGCCUGGUGUUGCACACGCCCAACGACGAGGACAUAUCCAAUUUGCUUAAAGAAUUCACAGUCGACUUUUUGCUCAAAGGCUACAACUAUUUGGUAGAGGAGCUGCACUCCCAGCUGUUGUCCAAUGCGAAGAUGCCCAUUGAUACAUCGCAUUUCUUCUGGCUUGUCACGUUCUUUCUCAAGUUUGCCGCCCAGCUGGAGCUGGACAUGGAACACAUCGAUACAAUACUCACCUUCGAUGUUCUGAGCUUUCUAACCUAUGAGGGUGUUAGCCUGUGCGAGCAGCUGGAGCUCAAUGCGCGACAGGAGGGCUGCGAUCUGAGACCCUAUUUGCGUCGCAUGCAUCUGGUGGUCACGGCCAUACGCGAGUUCCUGCAGGCCAUCGAGGCCUACAACAAGGUUACCCAUCUCAGCGAGGAUGAUCGCUAUCGUCUACGCCAGCUCCAGCUGCAGAUAAGCGCCACCACAGAUCUGCGCUGUUUGUUUGUUCUGUUGUUGCGACGAUUUAAUCCCAGCAUCCAUUCUAAGCAGUAUCUACAAGAUCUGGUCGUGACUAAUCACAUUCUAUUGCUGAUUUUGGACAAUGCUGCCAAAUUGGAAGGCGGCCAGACCAUUGGACUCUCGGAACACAUCUCACAAUUUGCCACCUUGGAGGUGAUGCACUACUAUGGCAUUCUCUUGGAGGACUUCAGCAACAAUGGCAAAUAUGUCAACGACUGCAUCUUUACCAUGAUGCAUCACAUUGGCGGCGAUCUGGGCCAGGUUGGCGUUCUCUAUCAGCCUAUUAUAUUGAAGGCCUACUCUCGCAUUUGGGAGGCCGACUAUGAUAUAUGCGAUGACUGGAGCGAUCUAAUUGAGUAUGUUAUUCACAAGUUUUUGAAUACGCCACCCAAAUCACCGAUGGCUAUACCAACCGCUUCGUUGACCGAACUGACUAAGGAGCAUAAUCAGGAACACACUGCUUGCCCCUGGUCACAGGAGGACAUGGACUCGCUCUGUUGGUAUUUUGUGCAGAGCAAGAGACAAAACGAUGUGAUUGGCAAAAUUGCGAAGCUGUUUAGCAACAAUGGCAACAAGAUAAAGACACGUAUUUCUAUCAUUCAACAGCUGCUGCAACAGGACAUUAUUACGUUGCUGGAGUACGAUGAUCUGAUGAAGUUCGAAGAUGCCGAAUAUCAGAGAACCCUGCUGGCCACGCCGACAUCGCUGACAACCGAUUCGGGCAUUGAGUUGAAAGAAAGCGCAUAUGGCAAGCCCUCGGAUGAUGUGCAGGUUCUGCUCGAUCUGAUUAGAAAGGAGAAUAAGUCGCAGCAUUUGGUGUGGCUGCAGAAAUUGUUGCUCGAGUGCUGCUACGUCAAGAUGAUGAUCAAGUGCGGCAGCUGCCAGACGGAUGUGGAGCCCAUCAUGGAGCCGGUGGUCUAUCAUUGCAUGUUCAAGCAGAAGCCUAUACCGGUGGUCCAGUGGAACAAUGAACAGUCGUCGACGAUGCUCUAUCAGCCCUUCAUGCUGCUGCUGCACAAGCUGGGCAUACAGCUGCCCGCGGAUGCGGGCUUAAUAUUUGCCAGAAUACCAGAUUUUUGGACGCCAGAGACGAUGUAUGGGCUGGCAAAGAAGCUGGGACCGUUGGAUAAACUGACGCUCAAGUUUGAUCCUCGCGAUCUGGAGGAUGCUCCCCCGUCGCGCCAUCACACCGGCGCCCGCAACUCGCUCAGCUCGAUAAGCAGCCUGGAGGCUGAUUUCGGCGAUACUGAGGGCCUGGCACUCAUACCCGAGGUGGAUGCAGCUGUAGAGAAGGCAGCAGCAGCGGCUUCUGCUAUACCAAACAAUGAAAUAUUUGCUUUGCCCAGGGUCAAGCACAGCAACUCCAUCAUCAGAUACACGCCGGAUCCGACACCGCCCGUGCCCAAUUGGCUGCAGUUGGUCAUGCGCAGCAAAUGCAACAAGCGACGCAGCCCAGCCACAGACGCCAGCGAUUGCACCAGCUCCAGCACACUGAUUGCCGAGGACGAGGGCAAGUCAUAUGCCUCCAUGGCGCAGGCUUCACAAACGAAGCUGAACGCCGGCUAUCCGACUAAUACGCUGGUCUGUAUGAACAAGUUGAGCAACUGCAGCUUCACGGCGCCACCGAAUGAGAACAGCAGCAGCUCCGGCUGCGGUGGCACUGCAUCUUCGAUGUCAAUGCCAAGUGGGCCGGAUGGGAGUUCGGCGGCGUUGAUGAAGUCGUCGUUUGAGCGGCUGGCGGUGACGGGCGCACGCUACGUGCGGCACAGCAAUACGGAUCAGGAUUACAGCGCCUUGGUGGCAUCGGUCUACGAGAACGAGUUAGCCAACAGCGACAAUGUGUCAGUGGCCUCGGACUUGACCCGCAUGUAUGUCAGCGAUGAGGAUGAGAAGCAUGACCUCCAAUUACAACAGGUGGAGGGACAGACAGAAAGGCAGAGUGAAAGAGAGGGAGAGAGACACUAAGGUGCGAUUGAAGUGAUUCGAAUGAGUUGGAUGAUUCGAGCUAUUCGAGUCAUGCGACUGAUUCGAGUCAUUCGAAUGAGGCAGACAAAGGCAGACAAUGAACCGACCCAAGCCAGCUUUAUGGCAGUUAAUUUUAGUACCUUAACAUUGAAAAUCUAUUACCUAAACCUAUAAUACCUAUAUCGUAUAUACAUAUAUCAAAUAUCAUAUUAAAUGUUGAAUUUUCUUAAGCAACAACGAUUUACAUUGUUGUCGGUGCAUAUGCCAAUGCAAGGAAAAUAUCUAUUUAAAAAAUUGAGAUAUGAAUGAAAAUUAAUUACCAAAAUAUUAUUUUUAAAAAAAGU